CCGGCACCUCCUUCGGCGAUUGUUGUCGGGAUACCUGUUGGUUACAUUUGAAGCCGCGGUCGGUCGGCAUCUAUCCUUCAGAUCGUGUGACAGCGGGCAUUGAAACGUCAACAUCAUCUGAAAGUCAAUUCACUACAUUCUGUCAACAUGUCCAAAUACCCCUCCGCGUUCAGAGUUUUCGAUAAAGCCGCAAACGAGCUACUGGGUGAGCAUCCAAACCUCGAACUUCUCCUAGAGUACAAUGCCUAUCCAUUCGCACAUGAAGCCGGUGUCUUCAUCCCGGAGUCCAACACCCUCUUCGUAACAAGCAAUCAAUACUUGCAUCCAGAAACCAACAACAAACACAUCCAAAUCAGUCGUAUCACACUUCCGCCAUCCAUCCAUAGUAUCGAAACAUCAAGCACCGAAAUCACGACAGACAACGUUCCCUUGGCCAACGGCGGAGUCAACUACAAAGAUGGAAUUCUUUUCUGCGCCCAGGGAUCUUUGUCUACACCCGGCGGUCUAGCGUACAUGCCGCUCCCCAAAAACCACACAUCAUCUACCUCAUACGCAUCUGAGCUCUUGAUCACAUCAUUCCAUGGCCGGCCCUUCAACUCGCCCAACGAUAUUGUCAUCCAUUCAGAUGGGAGUAUAUGGUUCACCGACCCCGUCUACGGCUCGGAACAAGGCAUUCGCCCGCCUCCACAGUUGCCAAACCAGGUUUACCGAUUUGAUCCAGCGACUGGGGGUAUCAGGGCAGUAGCAGAUGGAUUUGGUCGUCCGAAUGGCAUCUGCUUCAGUCCGGAUGAGCAGACGUGCUACGUGACAGACACAGACUGGAUCCAUGGCGACGGGACAACGGAUGGGACGAGAGCAUCACACAUAUAUGCGUUCGAUGUAAAGAUGUACUCAGGUCAGCCCUUUCUGAUUAACAGAAGGCUGUUUGCUAUGGCCGACACUGGAAUUCCCGACGGGAUCAAGUGCGAUACUAACGCGAACGUGUAUAGUGGAUGCGGAGACGGUAUCAGUAUUUGGUCGCCUGGUGGUGUGCUGCUGGCGAAGAUAUUGGUCGAUGGCGGGGUCGCCAACUUCUGCUUUGGCAAAGACGGACAACUGUUCUUGCUGAAUGAGAACAAGCUAUGGCGAGCGCAAAUCGCACCAGGGUGUAAGGGAGCGCUUCUUGGUAUUUGAGACGUGGAUUGUGUAUACGGAGUAGCAAAUGAGAAGGCUGGUGAAUUGAUGCA